AUGGAGAGGCAAGCCGAUCUAGAAAAAGUUCCAUCGUUUAUGGCCCCAGAAUCCACUAGAUAUACUGUAGCUGCCGCCAGAUAUCUCAGGCAGCUAGAGGUAGUGAACUACCGGAGGGCCUUUUCACUUGCCCAAUGUCAUGUACUCCCUUCAGCUGUGCUGGACGGCUGCUCCAAGCAGAAAUUCUCACUGGGCACUGGACGCAUUAAUCAUAAAGCAACUUUUCCUCUAUCACCUCCUCCGGUGGUGCAGAAUUCUGGCGGCUUCCAUUAUACAGGACUGCGAUCCCAAAGGAAAACGUUGCCUAAGACUGGAGAGCUUUCAUGGACAAAGCAGCCUUCCUUCCAUCCAUGGAGACUCAGCGGAGAUGUCUCCAGUUAUGAAGGAAAGAGAAAAGGGCACUUGCCACCCUUGGAGGCCAAAGACCCAAAUGUUGUUGAUGACCGGGACAUGACCAGCCUUAAAGACUCCAUGGCUAAGCAGCUAAAUCUUUCAGCAAAGUCUGUGGACAGGGAGGACACUGAUAUCAUGGAAGAGCAAGGAAAAGACUCAGUGAAGGAAGAGCCAAGGGAUUCUCAAGCCAAAGAUACUGCUACCACCACCAAGCACAUGAAUCUCCCUGGGAAGCGAAGACCUUCUCUUGAUCGUGAGAAGCUGAUCAUGGAUCCUGAGGCCUAUGCUGCAGAUGGACAUCUCAGGACUAUGUAUAGCAGGCCUGAUUUCCUCAAGUCUUACAAUGAAGUUAGGAAAGCCCGCUAUAUCCGGCACAAGAGUCUUCCAGCCUGGGAAAAGGAACUCAGCCUUCAAGAUAUAUUUGGGCACAAAAAAGCAGCCAUGGAGCAUUCCUCCCAGGAAAAGGUUGCUGCCGAAGCAAAGCCCUAAGCAGGCAGAAUGGCCAGAUCUAGCAGUGCAAAGCACCAAGAGGCCUCUACAGAAAAGGCUGCAGAGACAGGAUCGUUUAGUUACUUGCAACAGGCAAGCUAAAUGCAGCCUGGGCUGUGGCUUGGUUUCAAGCAGGCAGUAAAACAGGUCUUUUAUCAAGCCUCUGGUGGACUGCUAUGCACAAGAACAGUAAGAAGGGAAGGGGGCGAAGAUGAAGGGGAGAUGAAGGCUCAAGGGCAUAUAAAGAUCUGCUUCUUUGGGAAUAUAUAAAUUAAGGUCAAUGAAUAUGUACAUAAAAAAUUCUACCUAACGACUUUUGUCAGGAGUAGCAAUCAAAUCACUCUCAUUCUAAACCAUGUUGAUGACAUGAAGGAAGUUUGGGGAAGGGAUAUGAACGAGGAAUGGGCUUUAGUUCUGGUAUUCAAAUUCUUGAGCUCAGAAGAAACUGGUAAUUCUAAGCACAUUUUGUAUAUUAGGUUCCAGUUGGUGGAUGUUGGAGCUCCACUAAAAAUUCAAAGUAAAUCGAAACAGCAAUAUGUUUUUUAAAACCAGAUCUUUCAGCAUAUUGCCUUUGGUUAACAUCUUUUGACAUCCGCUUCCGUAUUUUAUCUUUCUGUAUGCCAAACCCGUCCCCAAGUUUGCCUUUUAGUUUUUUAUGGGGGAAAAAGAGAAUAGCUAUUGUGUGCGUGUGUGCUGAGUGUGUCUUCAAGUCGGUUUUGACUCCUGGUGACUGCCGGGAUGAGUCCCUGCAAUUAUCUUGGCAAGUUUUCAGAAGUGGUUUGGCAUUGCCUACUUCCAGCUACAGUUAUGCAAUACCUUUAUUAGGUCCAACCAAAUUGCCAGAAAAACAUGUGCCAGCUUCAUCCAGAGCAAUUUAUCAGACUAAAAUCCAGCUUCUAGGAAGUGAAGGGGGAAAAAAAGUAGGGAAGUCCACAGACCUUACUAGCUUCCUACAUGUCUGAAAUAGCAGGAGUGACAUGGCAGGACCAUCCAGGAGGGUAGAUAGCAGCAGCAGGGGAAGGUCCUUAGCUCUGCUUACAAUCUGACUGGAAACACAGGGUCCUGUGGAUGCUGGAUAUAACAAUUUGGUAUCAGUACCAUGACAUUAAUCAAUCCACACCUUCUCCAACCUGAGUUAGCAUUUUUGUUACAGUUUCUAAAUUUUUUUUCAGGCUGUGAAGUCUAGCUACAUAUGUGUAUUUGGAUUCACAUACAGCCUUUAAGAAGAAAAAACUUACAGCCUCCCCCCCCAAGCUGAUACUGUGAUUUUGAUAACCCCAGCCAGCAUGACCUUAUCUCCAAGACAAUAAGACUUCCAUUCCCCUUCAUUAGCAAUGUUUGGUUAGGAGAAUCAGUUCAUUCAGUGCAAAUUCACACUGGGAAUGAUAAAAUGGUAGAUAAACAAACUAGGAUACAACACUUCAGUUAAAUUCUGUUACAAAUUGUCACUUCAAUUUCAUGUAACACAACUAUUAUCUUUUUUCAUCAGCAUUUGGAAACUCUUGUUAAUAUGUGUGGGCUUUCAAAUGUUAAUGGUCUAGGAAAUAUAUUUAGCAUUUAUUAUUAAAGAAUGCUCUGAGAAA